GAUAGAAUGGAGGCGGGCCAUGAAGGAAGGCUGAGGCACCCACGUCGCUCAGCACUGGUCUGCGGUCAGUUUGGUGUCUUUUUCCGGGGCUCUUAGUAUGAAGCCUGCCGCUCUCAGAUCAGCGCUGAGGCUCCGCCCCCUGAGGGAGUGUUUCGCGGUAAAAUCAAGCCUUGGCACGCGGAGCAGCAGCGUCGUGAACAGUAGAGACAUGCCGUCCAACGUGGAGAUUAAAGCCAAAGUGAGCGACCUGGCGCUGUUCGCCAAGAAGGCCGCCGAGCUCAGCCAAUCAGAGGGCACGAUCAUCAGGCAGCACGACACGUUCUUCAACUGCAGCCAAGGACGACUGAAGCUGAGAGACUUCAUGAACGAGUCGGGUCAGCUGAUCUUCUAUGAGCGUCCCGACACCGAUGGACCUAAACUGUCCCGUUACUCCAUCAGUCCAACCAGCGACCCGCCGAGCCUCCGGACCGUGCUGUCGGACGCCCUCGGGGUUAAAGGUGAGGUGCGGAAGGAGCGGCGGUUGUUUCUGAUUGGUCAGACCAGAGUUCACCUGGACACAGUGGAGGGACUUGGAAACUACAUGGAGCUGGAGGUGGUGAUGCGUCCGGAGCAGACCGUUGAAGACGGACAGCAGGUGGCCGAGGAGCUGAUGGAGCAGCUGGGCGUCGCUCCGGAGAGCCUGGUGACGGGGGCCUACGUGGACCUGCUGCUGGGGGGACGCACCUGAACAAUAACAACAACAACUUGUUUGUUAACUUUGUUUACUUCCUUUUGACCGACGGGUUAAUUAAUGGGAUCGCUUCUUUUUUCUAAAUAAAGGAACUCAACUCGUGUUUGUAAA